AUGAGUAACGUGGUCUGGGCCGCAUGGAGGGCUCCAUGCCCGGGGCUCCGUGCGUCCGUGCUGCCCCCGGUGACAUUCCGCGCUGCAGGUCGCGAUCUCCGCAGUACCUCAUGGCGCAUGUACAGCAGCACAUCACAGCGCCCACUUGGGUUACCAAUCCCGAAUAUUCGAUCGCAAAUACAUUCCCUCCCGUCUCGGACAACACCCGUCCUAUUCCCCUCGCAACAAUGCAACCCGAUUUCAGUCCCCCGCCGUUUUAAACGUACCUCCGCCGCCUCUACAAAGAAAAAGUCCAAGUCGGAUCCCUCUGUAGUCAGUCCUCGCGACAAGCCCUUUUCCGAUGCCGAGAUCAAGGAUAUCUUUGGUCAGGCCAACAUCAACACCAAGAUGGGGAACCGUAUCUUGGGCGUCCUGCACGGCCACCGUCUGACCGGCACGCUCGAUGCAGACUUGCCAAUUGACAUUGUUCGAGCCGUCAGUCAGCAGCAGCUUGACAUGGCUAUGGAAUGGCUUCGGAAUGAAUAUCCAGUUGAUGAAGAUGCUGCCAUUCUGGCCCGUAUCGAGCGCGAGGAGCGCGAAGAGGAAGAGAAGCUCAUGCGCCGGGCCGAGAAGCUGGGCUUGUAUAAGCCGCAGAGUGGCUCGUAUGAUGCAGAGCUUGGGGAGGAAGGCUCUCCGUACGGCAAAAGUGUUCUGAAAGAAGCUCGCGAAAAGAAUGAGAAACGCUUGUUGGCUGAACAGGAGCGAAAAAGGCAGGAGUGGCUCGAUGGCGAGCGCAAAGAACAGGAGCGAUUGCAGCAGCAGUUUGGGAAGGAUACUUCUCUUCAGCAGUAUCAGGAGCAGGCGCUUACUGAAGCUCGUCCUCGUGCGGAUCCCAUUGAGAGGCCUUAUCUCGCUUGGGUUCAGAAACAUCAUAUCGCUGCAACUGAUGAAAGCCCCGAAUCAAUGAACAUCAGCAAUUAUCAGCGUCUGCUUGCUCCACUUCUGUUCACUGCCGUGGUUCUGGGCCUCUCUUACACCUUUGCCCAGACGUAUGAAUUCCCCGCACGUAAAGACCGCUUGAUGCCGGAUGUGCCCCCUGCCAUAGCCACUGUGGGUGCCAUCGUGGCAGCCAACGUGGCAGUCACUUUACUAUGGAAAUAUAUCCCUCCCGCAUGGAAAUUGCUGAAUCGCUACUUCGUGAUCGUCCCCUUCUAUCCCAGAUCACUGGGCAUGAUUGGAAGCGUAUUCAGUCAUCAAACAUGGAGACAUCUUGGAACCAACAUGAUGGUGUUAGGGCUUAUGGGAACCAGAGUUCACGACGAGAUUGGCCGUGGAAACUUCUUGGCCAUCUACUUUGCUUCCGGUGUGACGGGAUCUGCUUUCUCGUUGAUGCGUAGCGUCAUCCUUGGCCGUCUGGGCAUGACCUCCCUCGGAGCUAGCGCCGCAACCAGCGGUGUCGUCGCCGCAUGGUGCAUGUCUCACUUUGAUGACAAACUCACCAUGUGGAUUCUUCCCCAGAGCCUCCAAGACCAGAUUUGGACCUAUGGCUGGGUUUUCCUCGGAUGUCUGGUUGGCACUGAGAUCUUCAGCUUGAUAGCUCCUGCUUUCUUAUUCCGUGCCUGGCCCCUCUCUCGGCUAACGAAGAUGGACCAUGCUGCCCAUCUAGGUGGGUACGUUACCGGUGCCGGAUGUGGAUAUGCUCUCCUGCAGAAAAAGAAAGAGCGUCAAAGGAAGGCAAGGCAGCUGAAAUGGCUGUAG